UAGAGGAGGGCUCUGCAUAUCAGAUUUCACACUUUGCUCAACCAAAGUCGAGACCUAAACGGCAGCAAAUGGGAAGUGAGUAACCGGGACUCAAUGUGUUAACAUCCCUUACCUGUGAGGAAUGCGCCAGGUACAGGCUUCAGCUUCAGGUUUUUUAAUUGGUACUAACACAUUCACGAUGGCCCACAUCUCUCCUCUCGUCCUCCCAGAGCGAAUGACAAUCUUCCUGGUGACUGUUCUCCUGAUACUGGUUUCUGAAGUUCAAACACAAGGCAGACUGAAGCUAACUGUUCUGUCUGAAGAUCGGUUACAGAUGAAAUGGAAGGAGGCUGAAGGGCCGGUUCAGGGCUACAAGGUCCGUGUGCGACCCAUUACAGAAGUUCCUCAGCCAGAGCUGAUGCUGACAACCACACGUGGACGUGCCACAGUCGCUGGCCUGGACUCCAGACAGGAAUACCUCCUUCAGGUUAUGGCAAUCAACGGGACACAGGAGAAGCUUAUUGCAAAAAGACGCUUUACAAUUGAUGGGCUGCGUGAGGAAGAGUUGAUCCGCAGUGGGAACCGGGAGCAGAAGAAGAAAACUCCCGCUAUUGGCUCAGGCUCUGGAGAGGUGGAUGACGUGACGGAGGCUUUAGAAGGCCUUCCCACUGUGCUCUACAGAGAACCAACCACUACAGAGCCUUCUGUUGUACCAGAGCUUGAGCCUGAAGCUGACCAAGGCACCAAAGAGAAGAAAAAGAAGAAGGACAAAAAUCGAUCCAAGGCUGAAGAUAGAAUUGAUCAGGAAGAAAAUGAAGGGAAGUCAGCAAAAGAGGAGGACAGCGACACCAGUAAACUGAGAAAAACCACCCCAACUCAACCUGGCACUGCUGUUUCCACACGAAAGCCAUUUGAAUGCAGUGCUGAGGCUCAGGCGGAACUGGUCCUGCUGGUGGACGGAUCCUGGAGCAUCGGUCGGACAAACUUCAGAAAAGUGAGGGAGUUCCUUCAGGGCCUUGCUGUCCCCUUUCACAUCGGCCCAGAGGGCGUCCAGAUAGCGCUGUCUCAGUAUAGUGGAGAUCCACGCACAGAGUGGCAUCUUAACAACUUCACAUCAAAAGAGCCGCUCCUGGAGGCCGUCAGGAACUUCAGAUACAAAGGAGGGAACACUUUUACAGGGCAGGCUCUCAUCCACGCUCUUGAGAACAAUCUGAAGGAGGAGGUGGGUGCGCGACCCAACACUCCUCAGUUCUUGCUUCUUCUGACUGAUGGCAAAUCUCAGGAUGACGCCAUUGCUGCUGCCAACAGACUGAAGAAUGCUGGUGUGGAGAUCAUUGCUAUAGGUGUGAAAAAUGCAGAUGAGGCAGAGUUGAGGCAGGUGGCGUCUGAACCUCUGGAGCUGAAUGUGUAUAAGGUGAAUGAUUUUCCUCUGCUCAGUAAACUGGUGGGAAAACUAGCACGCAUCCUCUGUGGCAAGAUUGAAGACCGUAUUAAAGCCAAGAGAAUGGAGCAUCCAACUCAGGAACCAGUUCUGUCAUUUCCCAGCCCAACUGAUCUGCAGUAUGUAGGACUGGGCUCCAGAGAGUUGCGUCUGCGCUGGACCGUCCCCAGCAGAAAUCCCCAGCAAUACAGAGUGGUUUACCACACCGCUGAAGGACAGAGCCUUAAUGAGCUGGUGGUGAAUGGAACAGAGUCCACAACUCUGCUGACAGGACUGUCCUCACAAACACAGUACCAUCUAUCCAUCUUCCCCGUCUAUGAGAAUAAAGUGGGCUCCGCUCUCAGAGGCACCUUCACCACAUUACCGUUGGCAAUCCCUGAGGCUCUGGAGGUCACAGCCUCCUCUGCCAGCAGUCUGCGGGUGCGCUGGCAGCCGGCUGCUGGAGCCACACAGUACAUGGCCUUAUACUCAGCACUCAAUGAUGGAGAGCCUGAUGAUGCCAAAGAGGUGAAGUUUGGACCUGCUCAGACAGAUGUUGAAUUGGUGGAUUUGAUCCCAUCCACGGAUUAUUCAGUCACACUUUAUGCACUGUAUGAUGAGGACCCCAGUGACCCAAUCACAGCCAUCGGCACCACAUUCCCAUUGCCCUCUCCGCUCAGUUUGCAGUUUCCCAUGGUCAGUCACAGCACUCUGAUGGUCACUUGGGUCCCUGGAGCUGUCGAUGUUCCCGCCCACCGGAUCAUUUACAGCACCAAUCACGGCAGUGAUGUCAAGCAGGUGGAAGUCAGAGGUGUGAACACAGUGUUGCUGCAGAAUCUGUCAUCCCUCUCCAGGUAUCUCGUGUCAGUCCAUUCACUCUACGAGAAGGGCCUGUCCAGCCCGGUCACGGCCAAUGUUACUACCUUAAGGGUUCCAGCUCCAUCAGAUCUGAGGGUCACUAACUUCACCGGCAGUGAGAUAACAGUACGAUGGGAAGCUGCAGCUGAUGAUGUGGUCUUUUAUCUCAUCAAAUGGAUCUCGCUCAAUGGAGGAGACCUCAGCCAGCUGAUGAUAAAUGGGAAAGGCGAGGGUGCUAUCUUGGAAAAGGUUGAAGAAGACAAGGAAUAUCAGAUUUCUCUCUCUGCAUCAUAUGCUGACGGCGCUCAGAGUGAAGCUGUGGCGAUACGAUACAGCACUUUAUCUGGAGGUGGUCCAAGCAGUUUAUCCAUCUCAGAAGAGACUGCAGUCAGUAUGCUGGUGACCUGGGUUCACCCCAAUGCGCAUGUGCAGCAGUACCGUGUGUCAUUUACUCCGCUCAAUGGAGAUGCGAGGGAAAACACGGUGUCAUUGGCAGGCAGUGAGAGGCGCAUCCUGCUGCAGAAUCUGCUGCCUGACACUCGCUACAGUGUGCUGGUGACUGCUGAAUACCGCAGCAGAGAGGGCGGCAGCGCCUCUGCACAGGGCAAGACCACCAGUCUGCGGGUGAGCAGUGUAAGUGUGGUUCGCUCGGACCACUCCAGCAUAUGUGUGUCCUGGAGGCCCGUUCCAGCAGUCAGCGGAUAUCGCAUAGUCAUCCAGGCCCUCAGAGAAAAGCAGACUAAAGAGGAGAUGGUGGAUGCUUCCAGCAGCAGUCACUGUUUCUCUGAGCUGCAGCCUGAAACCGUGUACCGAAUCAGUGUUCAUUCACGUCUGGGAGCCGUAGAGGGCGCUGCUGUCACCAUUCUUCACCCCACAGCUACUGCUCCAGUGAGAGUUCAGGUUCCUCCUGGACUGCAUCCCAUUCAGAGAGAAGUGUGUCCUGAGAUGACAGUCAGAAAUUAUGUGCUUAAAGGCUUCGACAUGAUGGAAGCGUUCGGUCUCACUCAGAGAGCUCACUCUACUAUUGAAGGAGUAGCAGCUGAACCUUUCAUCUUCAGCACUUUGCCAAGUUACACCCUUUACAGAGACGUACAGCUCACCCAGAGCACAGGCUUCAUCCACCCAGCUGGCUUUUCUCCAGAGCACACCAUCAGUAUGGUCUUCAGGCUCCUGCAAGAUUCACCCAGAGAGCCCUUCGCCCUCUGGCAGCUCACCGACAAUGACUUCCAGCCCAAAAUGGGGGUCGUGCUGGACCCUGAGAAGAAAGUUCUACUGUAUUUCAGUCUAGACUAUAAAGGAGAGAUCCAGGAACUGACCUUUGACCAGCCACAAGUCCACUCAAUUUUCUAUGGCAGCUUUCAUAAGAUCCAUUUAUCGGUCAGUCAGGUGAGUGUGUCACUGUCUGUGGAUUGCCAGCGGGUAGGAGAAAGACCCGCACGGCCCUUGGGAACCUUGCCCACUGAUGGCUUUGAGAUGCUGGGCAAACUAGUGAAGACACGUGGACCUCACAGCGGAUCUGCUGCAUUUCAGCUGCAGUCCUUUGAGAUUGUGUGCAACACUACUUGGGCGUCAGAAGACAGCUGCUGUGAUCUGCCCUCACAGAGAGAUGAGGAGAGCUGUCCGGCCCCUGCUUAUGCCUGCACUUGCACCACAGAUGUCCCAGGAUCACCUGGAGACACUGGGCCAUCUGGGAAACCUGGUGUUCGUGGUGAGAAGGGGGAGAAGGGAGAGGUGGGACAAAAGGGUGAGGUAGGCCCUCCUGGUAAAUCAGGCCCUGAGGGUGGCUUUGGUGCUCUUGGACCUGCUGGUCCUCGUGGAAUAGCUGUAAUGGGUAAAAUGGGUCCACCAGGAGCAAGAGGAGAAAAAGGAGAUAUUGGAAGGCCUGGGAGUCAGGGUUUACCAGGGCCUCCUGGUCAAAAAGGUGGAGAAGGCAAUCCUGGUCCAAAGGGCACUAGAGGAGUGGAGGGUAACAUCGGACCCCCAGGCAUUACAGGACCAAGAGGGUUACAGGGUAUGCCUGGACAUCCAGGACCAGUGGGAGACAGAGGACCACUCGGCCCUGUAGGGCCCACUGGUCUUCCUGGAAGUAAAGGUGAACGAGGAGAGAAGGGCGAGCCACAGUCUCUUGCAAUGAUCUACCAGCUUGUUUCACAGGCCUGUGAAAAGCUUGUCCACAAUGAAGUGCUGAAGAUGGAUGCUUUUCUAAACGAGCUGAAUCGGAAGCCAGUGCCCAUCCAGGAGCCAGUAGCACCUCCCGGAGAGCCGGGCAUACCAGGGGGAAGAGGGGCACCCGGACCCCGGGGCCCUCAGGGUCGACUGGGAAGCAGAGGGAUGCCUGGGAAACCUGGUUAUCCUGGAGAGCAAGGACGCAGAGGCAUGGCUGGUGAGAAGGGCUCUCCCGGAGCAAAUGCAGUGGGACCACAGGGAAUGAAGGGUUUUGGAGGACCUCCAGGUGAAGCUAAAAUAGGGGAACCAGGUCCCAAAGGUGAGGAUGGUAAAGCAGGACCUACAGGUAUUCCUGGAGCUGCAGGUCAACAGGGAGAAAUGGGACCCUCGGGUGUUUGUGACAGCAGUGGAUGUUAUCAAGGGCCUCCUGCAGAAGAUCCAUACCUCGGGUACCGUCCUUGAGUUGAGAAGUUACUGUUAGACUUGAGCACUGCCAGAAUCCUCUCUCUCUCCUCAGACUUUGUAGAAAGACACUGUGAGACAGAACGGAUGAAGAGAUUCUGAUGGACGUUGACUUUGAGCGAGCCUGUUGAUGGACUCUUCUAACCGUAUUUUCUCCAAGUGGAGGCUGAUUUCGCCUCAAUACACCCCUUCUGAGAUCAGCAAAGCACUGAUCAUCCUUGAACAUGUCAGUGUUCUUUAGAAUUCAACCUGGACUGCUGCUACGAGACAACAGCAGAUUCACAGGCUGAACAUCAUCUGCAGGAGCCCAGAGGAGCUCACAACACACACAAAGCUGUUUUUUUUUUUUUUUUUUACCUAGACUGGUAUUUUGGUGUCCAGACAAGGAACCGGUGUGUUACUGAACAUUACCAAAGAUCCGCACUAAGAAUGAUUCUAAUAUUUUUCUUUGAUGUAUUUUAUUGUAUUUAAUGCACUGUAUGUGUUUUUAUAUGUAAGUUGUUGAAGGCUUGUUAAUUUCAAUGUUUUUCAUUCCAGUUUCCUGAACUCCUCCUUUUGGGUUUUUGCAUCAAGAAUUGUUUUAAAAUAUGAAAUAAGCAAUAUUGUGCAAAAGCAAUACAGUUAAAUAAGAAACACACUGUGAUGUUAUAUUGUCUUUUUUAAGUAUGCAGGAGUGCUGUCAAUAGUAUUUUAUUGGAUUAUACUAAGUUGUGUUCUGUUUUUUAUGCUAAUACAUUUUUAUGUAAAACCUGUAUAAAAUGAAAACUGACUCACGUGAGAUCUGUGCUUCUGUGACAAGGAAAUGGCUCCAAAUAUCUGCAAAAUUAUAAUGAAACCAUCACAUUAAUCAGUAUUUAUAACAAAAUGCUUUUUUCACAAGCAGUAUGUCAGUGUGUAAGCAGCAGUGAAAUCAUUCAGCUCAAGUCAGAUUAUUUUCAUGAAACUUUAAAUGACGCCUUUAUAUUUUUAAUACAUUCAUAUGACUUGGACAAAUACAAAUAAACAAAUAAUUAAAUUUAAAAUAUUAAAUAAACAAAAUGGCAAAAGAAUAGUAUAUAGGAAUGGUUUAUUUAUAGGAAUAUCAUUUAAUCCUUAAUUGUCAGAGGGUGCUACUAGGAAACAAUAUUGCAAAGAAUGACCAUUUCCACUUUGUUGUAUUCCCGAAUGUGCCUUUAAUUGGUUGAUUACUUUCAAAUGUUGUUUUUCAAUUCACAUCUUUGCAAUAUUUCCAUGGUAGAAAACUAACAACUUGUAAUUUCUUAAGGAUGUCAUUCCAAUGGAAAGAGUCCGCACACAAAUACCUUACAGAAAUAUGCUUGGUCAACAUUUUGUAAUUCUAAUGGGUUGUGUUGUAAAUGUGGACACUAGUCAUCAUUUACUCUUCCUCUGCUGUGAUAUUCUUUUAUCUGUUAAACACAAAAUAAAGUAUCUUAAAGAA